AAUAUUUUGUUUCUUUUUUGCUGACUCAUGACUAGAAUUCACAAAGAGAGGGUUCCCCAUCACAUGGAACCUUCACUAAAUAUGGCGUUUUUUGGACUACCUAACUGUGCUUGGAUAAAGAAUGACCAAGACUUGACUUAGCUAUGUUAGAUGCUAAAACAGUACAACAUGCUGAUUCUUGUUAAAAUCACCAAGACAGAGGGGGAGGAGGGAGCAAAGUUAAAUUAACAUGCCAGAUCCCAUACCAGAUAGGGUCAAGAGGCUAUGGGAUCAUUGGAAUAUCAGAUCUGCUAUUCUUGCUAGCCUCUCAUUGCAGGCCUUUCUCAUACUGUUUGCCUCCCAGAGGAAACGCACUGCCCAUAAAUUAGUUAUUUUCUUGAUCUGGUCGGGUUACUUACUGGCAGAUACAGUGGCAAACUUUGCCAUAGGACACAUCUCCACCAGCCAAGGCACCAGCGACCGUAAGCAUAGAGACAACAAUGAUCUCUUGGCGUUUUGGGCUCCAUUUCUUUUGGUUCACCUUGGUGGCCCAGACACCAUCACUGCUUUUGCUCUUGAGGAUAACGAACUCUGGCUUAGGCACAUGCUCACAUUCGCCACGCAGGGCUUCGCUACCCUUUAUGUCUUCUUCCUGACACUUACCAGUAAUAAGGUAUGGAUCCCGACAGUCCUCCUUUUUCUUGCUGGUGUCAUCAAAUACUUCGAGCGGACAUAUUCUUUAUACAGUGCGAGCCUGGAUCAAUUUCGUGACUCUAUGCUCGAAGAUCCAGACCCGGGACCCAACUACGCCAAGCUCAUGGAGGAAUAUGAUUCGAAGAUUGAGGCCAAGAUCCCAACAGAAAUAAUAAUAAUUGAGGAGCCUGAUAAACAAAUGCCGACUACAGCUCGCGAUACACAAAUUAAGAAACUGAAAGAUGAUCUUGAGGUUGUGCAAAGAGCUUAUUACUACUUCAACAUUUUCAAAGGACUGAUUGUUGAUCUCAUCUUCAGCUUCAAGGAUCGGAAUGAGAGCCGCAAGUUCUUCCACAGCAUUGAUGCAGAAGAUGCUUUGAAAGUACUAGAGGUAGAGCUCAAUUUCAUCUACGAAGUUCUCUUUACAAAGGCUGUUGUUGUGCACUCCGUAAUUGGAUAUGUUUUCCGCCUUUUGUCCUUCAUUUUGGUUUUGGUUGCCCUUGCAUUAUUUCGUUUCAUUGUCAAGAACAAGAAGGACACAUUUCACCCGCUUGAUGUUAAAUUUACGUACGUGUUGUUGUUGGGUUCCGUUUCGCUUGAUACAAUAGCCUUCGUCAGGGCCAUUUUCUCUGACUGGACAGUGGCUGAUCUCAAUAAACCUGGGAAACAUCCCGAUUCUUGUUGGAAAUCUUGUGUGGCAUUUUUCUCUGCAUGGAAAGUGCCCCUUUUCAAUGUCAAACGUGCCAUCUUUAAACUCAUUGGUCUUCGCAGCUGGUCUGAGUCUGUCAAAGGCUAUAAUUUGGUAAGAUACUGUGUCAACAGACCUAAAGGCCGGAUAGGCAUUUUCAUGGACAAAGUUCUUGAUUUUGUGGGUCUCAAAGAUUUCUUUGAUGGGAUAUUUCGAGUGUCCAACAAGCGAUUCACUAGUGAACUUUGGGAAGUUAUAUUUGAUGAGCUGCAAAAGAAGUCCGAUUCUGCAGAUGAUCCAGAAGAUGCCAAGACAAUAUGUUCAGCAAGGGGUAAUUUGGCUCUCCAGGACAAUGAUUGGGACAAAAAUCUCAAGGAGAAAUUAAUGCCUUACGUUGUCAAUGUUACUUAUGAUGAGAGUCUUCUUCUGUGGCACAUCACAACUGAGCUCCUGUACAACAAGGACGGCAAUGCUGAUCAGAGAUCUGAUGAUAAAAGUUUCUGCAAGCUCCUUUUAGAAUGCAUGUGCAACUCCUAUGAUGAUACAGAUCAGAAAUACGAUGAAAAAGAACUCAGUAUGCUCCUUUCAGAUUAUAUGAUGUAUCUUCUCAUUAUGCAGCCAGCCAUGAUGGCAGCUGUGGCUGGUAUUGGUAAAAUAAGAUUUCGAGAUACCUGUGCUGAAGCUGAAAGGUUCUUUAAGAGAAGGGAUUUAGGAUCCAAUAAAGAAUGGGGAGCGUGUGAUAGCAUUCUUGGUGUGAAUACAGAGGUAAAGCCUGUCGACGUGAAAGGAGAUAGAAGCAAGUCAGUGUUGUUUGAUGCAUGUAGGCUGGCCAAGCUUCUAGAGCGGGAGGAGAAGAGAUGGGAGCUACUGAGCAAAGUGUGGGUGGAAUUAUUGUCAUAUGCUGCAGGUCACUGCAGAGCAACUGCCCAUGCCCAGCAAGUAAGUAAAGGUGGAGAGCUUAUUACUUUUGUUUGGCUAUUGAUGGCUCAUUUUGGCCUAGCGGACCAGUUCCAGAUCAACAAGGGCCACGCAAGAGCAAAAUUGAUAGUUGGCAAGUAAAUGUUGAUAAAUUGUUGUAGCUAAUAAUUUCUCGGGGCUUGUCAGCUUAGAUAACUGUGUUUUGUCUCUCCUUCGACUCUCCUUUUUACUUUGCAUUUAGCAAGAUCUGAAGCUAGAAAUUGACCUGAUCCAUCCAUGCUGACUUGAGGUAGCAUUUAUUGAUCCAAAUCUAAAAAUGAAGAAUCUAGUCCACCUUCACUACUGUCA